GAGCGUCACAAAUUUAGGAAUUAUUUUAUCCAGCGCAUCUGGGCCACAUGCUCUAGUAUAAAGGGGCGCGGAAUUUCUCAUUCAAAUAAAUCUAUAAAUUUCGAGCUAUCGUAGAUCGAGGUACCACUGCAGUCGUAGAAUGGAGCCUUGGAAGUCAACUAUUCUAGUAAUACUUGGGGUGUGUUUGAACAGCGCUGCGUUAAGUCGCAACGAAGACGAGACACUCCAAGAACUAAAAAUGAGUAAUUCUGACCUAUGUGAGAGGCCACCAAAAAGACUGUAUGAGAGGCCACCAAAAAGACUGUAUGAGGGGCCACUACAAAGACUGUACGUUAAGUCUACUGACAUAUCGAAAAAAUGGGCGAAAACGAUUUAUGAAAACAACAAGAAUCAUCCCUGCGCAGACAUCAAGCACGAAACGGACAGAAAAACUGGUCAACAAUAUUUCAUAAUGCGAUGCAAAUAUAUUGUGGACCACGGCUGCAGAUUCACUUUCAAUCGACCAGCUUGUGUGGAGAAUAUAAGUUCAAUAGCUGGAAAAACAGUUUUGACUGGAUGUGAGUGCACGCGCAAACUGUGAAACGACAACAAUGAAUUCCUGUGAUGGUUGAAUAUUAUUUAAUCUCAAAACACAUAAAGUAGAAUAAGGAAAUUAGAGUAAGGUAAAGUCUGAAGUGCCGAAUUCAAUAUUUAUUCCAAUGAUAUCAUCCCAGUUGAACUGAACUGGUCACAUGUAAGAAUCGAUGUU